AUGGACGUAUUAUUAAGAAUCUCAAUGGCCUUAGUGCUUUGCCUCUCAGCAUUAGGAUCCAAAGUCAAGUUACCUCCAGAUAUGUCCCAAGGUUUGUAUGAAAGUCAAUAGAUCCUCACAGUACUAUCGAUCACAAGUAAAGACCUGGACCUUUUAUAUCUUAGAGUAACCGUUUUUUCCAUUGUUAAGGCAUUAGAUAAAAUCUUGAAUUCUUAUUACAUAACUCUAGCUUAUCAAUGCAACAAAAGAGAUCAGGUAUUCACAGUCAUGUUUUUAAUAUUAUAUUAAAAACAUGACCGUGUAGUGUCCCAAGUUAUAAUUGAAGUAAGACAAAACUGCAGUCACAUUCAUGAAGGUGUCAAUACCUGAUCUCUUUUGUUAUCUCUGAUGGCACUUACAUCAUAUCUUUGUUUUUUGGCUUCUUUUGAAUAAAAUGAGCUGUUAUUGUUGUCAUUAGAUUGCCCAAAAUCUCAAUUUUUAUUUGACAAAGAAGCUUACCUUUUUUAUGUGUUUUCCUUUCUAGCAAUUUUCUGUGAGAGUUGCAGUGCUGUGAUGCAAGGUAAUGAAACCAUGUGACUUUUAUUGACAAUGGCCACUAACAUGACAGGUCUUAAUUUUAGCUGAAGCCUUUAUCCAUGAUAUGUAUACCCAGAGUUCUAAAGAGGAAAGGGCCUUUGCCAUUUUGUAGUGGAAAAUCCCAAAUCAAUAUUAUAUACCCUCAAUAAGGAGAGCAGGGUUGCUCGCCCACAGAUUUUUGAGCAAAAGAGAGACUGCUUGCAGCCUAUGGAGAAGGGCAUAACAUGGGUACCAAUACUGCGAAACUGCACAGAAUUAAAUAUAAACACCACACAGAAUAACAUAAGAAACUGUAAACCGCAUUGAAAUUACCCAAAAAUUUCUAAAUACCACAAACUGCGUGGUUUUGUAAAACAGCAAUACAACUUAAAAUAAAAAUUCCCGCAAAACAGCACCAAAAAUCGAGCCAAAGCUCGUCACCACAAACCCGUAUGCCCCCCUCCCUCUGAUAAGACAAGACAGACCAAAAUUAUAUUUAGAACAGUCAAUAGAGAGCGCUUUGUAAGGCUAAUGAACAGUCAGUUAUAGGGAGAGAGGGAAAGAGUUUCCAUUGAAAGCAAAAAAAUAUUACCGACAUUGAAAUGUGUACACUGUAAAUGUGUUGCAAGGAGAGCUGCCUUUGACCUUCAAAGAGAAUUAAUGUUCUUUCAAAACAGAGUGAUCCACUAGCAGGACAGAGUGAAAAGCAAACUGGAAAUGUUUUCUUUUACUUUUCUGUCUUUGGCCUGUUCCAGGCUCUUUUUACUAUACAUCUACUUGCUAUUAUUUUGAUUGUCCAGGAUAAAUGAGAAUGCAGAAACCUAGAACAAAGGCUAACCUGUCCCUCACCUGAAACCCUGCCUCUCCCCACCCACUUCCCCCUUCUCAGCCAUGGUAUUUCAUGACAGCAACCAUUCACACAUGAAGACAGAAAAUCAAGGAGAGGGAAGUGGUUGGGGAUCAGCUCUCUCCAUGUAGAAAGAGGGUAAGAAAGAAAACAGAAAUUCCUUCUAAUUUUGCUGUGUUUUUCCCAUCUCUUUUUAGAAAUAGGCAAGUUGUUAGCCAAAAAGAGUUCUGAUCCAAGAGAAUUGCAAGUGGUUGAAGCAAUGGAGGACAUCUGUCAAGCUAAAUAUUUUUCAAAGUAUCACUAUUCUCCACCUACAACAAUUAAAGCUUGUAAAUUUCUCAUAGGUGAGUUUUCUGGCUUUGAUUUUAAAUAAAUUAAUGUGUCUGUGAUUUCUUUUUUUUUUUAGUUUUCUGUUCCUUUCUUUUGUCCUGUUCUAAAUUCAUAAAAUACCGCAGGAAAAUAGUCCACAGUCAAAAGCUGGUGGUCGACCAUAGUGCACGGCCAUUAUUGACAGCUUAGUACAGCCGUAUCAAAGUGUAUUUUGCUUCUUUUUUCAUUGAAAAAUAAUCAGAAAUCACAGGUGGCCAUGACAUGCUAUAAUCAAAACUUGUACAUUUAAUAUUCUCAGUGCACUGGCAUUCUUUCUCCUAAAACUGCAUUUACAUGCCGGGCAAAUUUUACUUGGCAAAGUGAAAGUUUGUGUUAAGCCUAAAACAAUAUUAACCAUGAUAAAAUAUAUUAAGUCUCUCUUCCUAUUACACCCCUCUCUAGUAAAUCCCCCCCCCUCUCUUUGAAGGUUGAACUUUGUAAUAAACCCAGUCGCUAAUAAUCACUCUGUUAUACGAGAUGUUUAGAUUAAAAUAUAAUAAGCUUCGUCCAGCUUGUAAUUGAGUUUUUAUGGUAGCCUUAACCGCGAAGGUAAGUUGAUUAACGGAAUUUAUGAAGGGGUCACUCGAAACACGUUCACUUAAUACAGCUUUCAAUGUAAUAGGCCACCUAGUUCCAAAAACCCUCACUUUCAAAAUGAGGCUAGGUGCACAACCUUUCUUGUGAAAAUAAGUUUUAUUUGCAUGAGAAUGAACAAUAGGGCCAUUUAUAGGAGGAAAAAUAAGAGGCGUCUUACAUAAGACGCGUCUUAAAUAAGACGCGAAGUGUACCAUUUAUACGAGCAUGUCUUAUCUAAUAAGACGCGUCGUAGCUAAGCCGCGUCUUAUUUUAGACGAAAUGUGCCGUUUAUACGGAAAGUUCGUGUCUUAUUUAAGACGCGUCUUAUUUUUCCUCGUAUAAAUGGCCCUAAUGAUUUCCAUAUCAAAGGCUGAGCACCUACCCUCGUUUGAAACAGAGGCAUGGGGGAACUCAGAAAUGGCGUAUUUUUACGUGUUUUUUUUUUUUGGCAGUAAAAUACGAAGAAGAACUGGAACAGCUGUUGACCACGAAGUCAGCAGAUUAUGAAAAGGAAGUCUGCUACGAGUUGACGAAGGCUUGCGAAGGAGUAGACAGAAGUAAGAAAGAAAAAGAAGAGAUGGAUGUCCGGUUUAAUGAUCAGAAACAAGAGGUUAAAACGGAAAAAUCAACACCACAGAAAGACGACGAUGGAAUUCAAAGGAUGAACAUUGAUAUUAACGAUCCCGGUGCCGCGAAACGAUUAGCAGAUCAAAUCAAAAUGCAGGUUGCACAGCAGCAGGCAAUGGGUGGCGGAAGUGAUGAUGAAGAUGAUGAUGAUGACGAAGAUGAAGACGAAGAGGAAGAUGAGGAUGAAGACAACUCGUCAAAAACUAAGAAGAAAACUGAACUUUAA